AUGCAUGCCAUCACCCAGGCAUCCACUAUGCGGUCUAUGGAGACAAUCGAGGAGUCGUGGAAGGAUGGUGGAAAGGUCGCAGCAGGAACUGGCCAACAAACAGUAUCUUCCGUAUGUAAGGAGAACCCAGCUGACGGCCCUUCUCGUGGAGAAUAUGGCACGACGCAAGACCUCCUCCCUGCCAUCAACAUCCCCAAUCACCUCCAGCACUAUGUCGUCGAUUUCGACACACCUCAUACGCCAACGAAGAAAUCCUCGCCCACUUCCAAGCCAGCAACCAAGCGGCACCGCUUCUCUCCAGAGCACCGAAGCACAAAUGGAGGGCCAGUGCGUGACCACACACGGGCUCGAGCUUCACGAAAACCUGCGCCGUACCCUCCUGACCUCACACCAGUACCAUCCACACUCUGCCCACACGUCUUUGCUCGAGAACGGCUUACACGUUGGAGACCAACCACGGUCCGUACUGCCACUGACAACCAGGGCCGGCCCACCCAUCUCUCCGCUGAAGACCUGGCCCGCAUUCUCGAGGUAAUGGCCGGGGCGUGGGCGGAUGGGACUCUGGAAGUCUAUGGGACAGGCCUCCUCACCUGGCACGCCUUCUGCGACAAGAACGGAGUUAGUGAGGAUCAGAGGGCCCCAGCCUCACCCCUCCUCAUCGCCUCUCUCAUAGCCACCCUCUCAGGUGCUUUCUCUGGUGGCACCAUCGCCAACUACGUCUAUGGCAUCUGGGCAUGGCACAUCCUGCAUGGGGUCCCAUGGAAGAUGGUCGACCCUGAACUGGAGGCACUGCUCAAGGCCACAGAAAAAGCAACCCCACCCACGUCAAAGAGGAAGAAACGCCAGCCAUACACAAAAGAUUUCAUGGUUGCUAUUCGCGGUCAGCUAGACCUCUCAACGCCCCUCCAUGCUGCCGUUUAUGCCUGCUUGACAACCACAUUCUGGUCAGCUGCCCGAGUUGGUGAGUUCACGGUCAAAAACCUGACAAGCUUCGACGCAAACAAACAUGUCAAACCCUCAAACGUUACAACCACGACAGACCAGAACGGCUUCGAAACAACCGAGUUCUUCAUCCCCUCCACAAAGUCUGAACCCACCAACGGAGAGACAGUCUCAUGGUCGAGACAGAACGGAGACACAGACCCGGAGACUGCAUUCCACAAUCACAUAGAUGUCAACUCACCGCCAAAUGGUGGCCACCUCUUUGCGUACAAAGUAGGCUCAGGAUACAAGCCACUGACAAAGCACAAGUUCAUUCAAAUUCUCACCACCGCAGCACGAGCAGCUGGCCUAGAGCCACUUCAAGGCCAUGGGAUCAGGAUUGGGUCAACACUCGAGUACCUCCUGAGGGGGAUUCCAUUCGAUGUGAUGAAAGCAAAGGGAAGGUGGGCAAGUGACGCCUUCCUCGUCUACCUCAGGAAGCAUGCCCAAAUCCUCGCACCAUACAUGCAAGCAGACCCAGUCCGCCAGGAAGAAUUUAUCAGGCUAACCAUACCUCCACUACGCCGCCACUAA